GGAAGUGAUGGAGGGCACUUCCGGCGGCGCGAUCGCAGGCGCUUGUGGUCUCCGCUAUGGCCGGCAGGUACUUGAGGCAGGUAUGUGCUGCUUUUUGGUGUCAGAGGUUCCAUACUGCUGCGCAUCACUACAAGGGCCGGACAGGUGCUGAGCACCUCUGGCUAACACGGCAUUUAAAGGACCCAUUUGUGAAGGCUGCAAAGAUAGAGAGUUAUCGGUGUCGAAGUGCCUUCAAGCUUCUGGAGAUGAAUGAGAGGCACCAGAUCCUGAAGCCUGGCCUUCGGGUGUUGGACUGUGGGGCAGCUCCUGGUGCAUGGAGUCAGGUGGCAGUGCAGAGAGUCAAUGCUGCAGGCACAGAUCCCAGCUCUCCUGUUGGCUUCGUGCUUGGGGUAGAUCUUCUUCACAUAUUUCCCCUGGAGGGAGCAAUGUUUCUGUGCCCUGCUGAUGUGACUGAUCUGAGAACCUUCCAGAGAAUCCUAGAAUUACUUCCUGGUGGGAAAGCAGAUGUGAUUCUGAGUGAUAUGGCCCCCAAUGCCACAGGGAUCCGGGACCUUGAUCAUGACAGGCUCAUUGGCCUAUGCCUAUCCCUGGUAGACUUGGCUUCGGACAUCUUAUGUCCUGGAGGAACAUUCCUUUGUAAAACCUGGGCUGGAAGUCAAAGCCAUCUGUUACAGAAGAGACUGAGAGAGGAAUUCCAGAAUACAAAGACUGUAAAACCUGAAGCCAGCAGGAAAGAAUCAUCAGAGGUGUAUCUCCUGGCCACUGAGUAUCACAGAAGGAAGGGCCCUAUGAAGUAGUGAGAGUUUCUUCUGCCAUUUUCAUGCUGGCCAUUGGUCCUUUUUAGCUACAAGUGUAAUCUUAGCUGUUUCCUGGAAUGUCUGGGAGUUCUGAGUUGUAAUCUGGGAGAUGCAACAAGACAGAUGGGGAAACUUUUACAAAAAAAAGUAUUAUAUUUUGCUGUA